AUGUCGUCCAUAAAAGAGAAAGGGAAGACAUGUGACGAUGGAUCAAGAACUGAUGGUGGUGGUGAAGAUCGCGCUGGUGGUAGUAGUGGGGUUGCUUUUGUUUAUGUCUUGUCAAGUUUAGCAACACUCGGAGGAUUAUUGUUUGGCUAUGAUACGGGGAUAGUUUCAGGAUCCAUGCUGUUAAUUAAACCAUACUUUAAACUAAAUACACUAUGGACGGAAGCCGUUGUGAGUGGAACGAUAGGAGCGGCAGCCGUAUCAUCCAUAUUCGCUGGCAUCUGCACAGACGUUAUAGGAAGAAAGAAAACAAUCAUGGCCGCCAGUGUUAUAUUCGCAGCUGGGGCUGUUGUCAUGGCGAUUGCACCAACUACUAUUGUAUUAUUAGUAGGGAGAAUAAUUGUUGGAGUGGGAAUAGGUUUCGCCUCUAUGUCCGUGCCUGUGUAUGUAGCCGAGGCAGCACCCGCUGAUAUUAGAGGGAGAUUAGUUACGUUAAAUCAACUGUUUAUCUGUAUCGGUAUUCUCGUCUCUAGUAUUAUAGCUGGUAGCUUGAGUUCACUAAAACAAACUGGUUGGAGAUAUAUGUUGGGUUUAGGUGGCGUACCAGCGGUCAUACAGUUCAUAGGUUUUAUAUUUCUACCAGAAAGUCCAAGGUGGCUGGUGGGUAAAGGCCGAGAAGAGGAAGCCAGACAAGUUCUCGUGAAAAUACGAAACACUCAAAACGUGAAGAUUGAAUUAGAGGAAAUAAAAGAAGUUGUUGAGAGGGACAACAAAAUAAAAGAAGAAGGUAAUAUUGAUGAUUGAGAUCUAUAGAAACAAUUGUCUAGUUUUGGCCGCAUUAUAAAAACGCCACACGUAUUAAAGGCUUCGUUAAUUGGUUCAGCUUUGAUGUUAUUUCAACAAUUAACAGGAAUUAACACUGUCAUUUAUUACAGUGCUACCAUAUUACGUAUGGCAGGGUUCGGUGUGGAUCAAGCGAUCUGGUUAGCGGUCAUACCAAAUGCUGUACUGUUUGUGGCUACAUUUCUAGGUCUCUGGUUGGUAGAAAAAUUGGGACGGAAACUUCUUCUGUUGAUCAGUUUAGGAGGUGUUGGAUUAUCUCUAGCAGUAUUAGCUGUAGCUUUUCAACUAGCAGCUUUUAAUUCACCACCUAUAAACAUAACAGAAGUGUUCACUGAUGGCUUAUAUAAUGGCUCCUCAAUUGUGAAUCGUGUAUAG